AUGAGCAGUUCAGCAGGAGGCUGGUUCUGCAGGGAAGACAAAACAAUCAUGCUGUUGAUCAUACAGUAUCAGCAUAAAUUGGAUUCAGUUAGAUAUAGUCCGGUUCAGUCAGAAAUCUGGCUUAAUAUAGAGAUUCGACUGAGAAGGAAGACAAAAGCAGAAAGUUACUUCAGCAGGAUGUAUAAGAGACUAUUUCAGCAAGAGGGGCCAGUUCAUGACCAGGAGGGUCAGUUUCGCAGAGAGGGUCGCCAGUUCAGCAGGAGGGCAGGAGAGACCAUUUCAGCAAGGAGAGAAGUGACAGUUCAGCAGGAGAGACCAGUGUCAAAGCUAGGAGAGACAGUUCAGAAAAAGGAGGGACCAGUUCAGCAGGAGAGACCAGUUCAGCAGCAGAGACCAGUUCAGCAACGAGACCAUUUCAGCAGGAAGACCAGUUCAGGCAGGAGGCUCAGUUCAGCAGAGAAGACAGUUCAGCAGGAGAGACCAGGGUUCAGCAGCAGAGAAUACCAGUUCCAGCAGGAGGGACCAGUUCAGCAGGAGGGACAGUUCAGCAAGGAGAGACCAGGUCGAAAGCAGGAGAGACCAUUUAGCAGCAGAGACACAGUUCAGCGGAGGAGAGACAGUUCAGCAGACAGCCAGAGACCAGUAUCAGGACAGGAGAGAGACGCCGAUGUUCAGCAGGAGAGACCAGGUUCAGCAGCAGAGUCCGAAGUUCAGGCAGCAGAGAACCAGUUCAGCAGGAGGGAGAGACGACAGUUCAGCAGGAGAGACCAGGUCAGCAGCAAGAGACCGUUCAGCAGGCAGAGACAGUUCAGCAGGAGAGACCAGUUCAGCAGGAGAGACCAUUUCAGCAACAGAGACCAGUUCAGCAGCAGAGACCAGUUCAGCAGGGAGAGACGCAUUCAGCAGCAGAGGCCAGUUCAGCAACUGAGACCAGGUUCAGGCACAUUCAGCAGGAGGGACCAUUUCAGCAGGAGAGACCAGUUUCAGCGAGAGACAGUUCAGCAGGAGAGAACAGUUUCAGCAGGAGAGACGCAGGUUCAGCAGGAGAGACCAGUUCAGCAGGAGAGACCAGUUCAGCAGGAGGGACCAGUUCAGCAGGAGGGAGAGUUCAGCAGGAGCAGACCAGUUCAGCAGAAGGGACCAGUUCAGCAGGAGGGACCAGUUCAGCAGGAGAGACCAAUUCAGCAGGAGGGACCAGUUCAGCAGGAGAGACCAUUUCAGCAGGAGGGACCAGUUCAGCAGGAGAGACCAGUUCAGCAAGAGAGCAGUUCAGGCAGGAGAGACCAGUUCCAGGAGAGACGCAGUUCAGCAGGAGAGACCAGUUCAGCAGGAGAGACCAGUUCAGCAGAGAGACAACAGGAGAGGGACAGUCCAGCAGGAGGGACCCAGUUCAGCAGGAGAGACCAAGUUCCGCAGGAAGGGACCAGUUCAGCAGGAGAGACCAGUUCAGCAGGAGAAGACCAGUUCAGCCAGGAGAGACCAGUUCAGCAGGAGAGACCAGUUCAGCAGGAGAGACCAGUUCAGCAGGAGAGACCAGUUCCAGGCAGGAGAGACCAGUUCAGCAGCAGAGAGACCAGGUUUCAGCAAGAGAGACCAGUUCAGAAUGAGACCAUUUCAGCAGGAGAGACCAGUUCAGCAGGAGAGACCAUUGCAGUUCAGGCAAAGAGACCAAUUCAGCGAGAGACCAUUCAGCAGGAGAGACCAGUUCAGCAGAGAGACCAGUUUCAGCAGAGACCCAUCAGAAGAGACCAUUUCAGCAGGAGAGACCAGUUCAGCAGGAGAGACCAGUUCAGCAGUUCAGCAACAGAGACCAUUUCAGCAGCAGAGACCAGUUCAGCAGGAGAGACCAGUUCAGCAGGAGAGACCAGUUCAGCAGGAGAGACCAGUUCAGAAUGA